GAGGAGAGGCACGAGGCCGGGUGGGGGAGGGGACGCCGCCCCAAACGCGCAGCGCCCCGCGCGGGCUGGGCAAACCCCCCUUCCCCGGGGAGCGGGAGCCCCAGACACCGGGAGCUGCGAAAGGGCCGGUCAGUGGUAGGACGUGGAACGACCCUGGCAGACAGCAGGUUGAAAACCGGCACAGCCAACCUGUGGAACUCCUCGCCGGAGGAUGUUGUGAAGACCAGGACUUUAACAGGGCUGGGGAAAGAGCUGAUAGACUCCAGGGCAGGAAGGUGACCUCAGUGCACGAGGUCAGGUCCAUCAGUGGCUGUUAGCUAGGCUCAGAGACCUCAGAAGGUCAAGUCCAGCCCCCUGCUCCAGGCAGGACCAAGCCCAAGGAUGGGCAGCAAUGGUGCCUGCAGCCUCUGUCUCUCAGAAUGGGAAUGGGUGAGAGCAGAGGGAUACUUGGUGGCAAGGCUGCCCUUUUGCUGCCAAUGACUGCAGUAGGUUUGUAAAUUGUGUAGUGCCUGGGUUUAAAUGCCAAACAAAUUCUGUCAGGAUGCUACAAAAGGACAAAGGAGAAAGACAAGUGUAUGGAGACACUAACAAAACUGUUAUCCAGAUGUGCUGGCUCAAAGAUAACAAGAAGAGUGGAAGUAUGCAGGAGAAAAGUAUGCCAGCCAAUAAUACAAUAAUGAAAGCUACUCAUGUGCUGCAGUUGCCUCAAGAAAUGCUGACUGAGAUAAUCAGGUACCUUCCUCCUGCAGAAAAAAACAAGAUCCGUGCCACAUGCAAGCUCUUUAAGGACCUGGUUGAUCAGCCUGUUUUGUGGCAAAAGAGUACCAUCAUCCUCCGACGCAUAAACGUUUUCAAUGCUGAGUUCUGGGAGGUGCUUCGGAAGAGAAAGAUAACUUCUGUAGAAGUGAAAGAAAUCAGGCUUAAGCAGUGGCAAAAGCUGCUGAAGAUUAUGCCUGGUUUGCUAGAUGUAACUGUGGAUUCCCUCUGGAGUGAGGAAAUCCUGCAUUGUUUACAGCUGCUCACACAUCUACAGAAACUUCACUUGAAAAUAUGCCCUGGGUUAUCGGAGAGAAGUGUAAUCAGGGAAGUUGUGCACUUUCAGCACCUAAUCCACUUGUUGUUGUGCGGCAUAACCUUAAGUGGCAGUGAAUUGAUCAGAAUUGCUAGCUUACGAAACCUACAUGUGCUCUCAUUGCAUACUGUGCAAAAGGCUCUUCCUGAGAACGUACUAGAAUAUGUUUUAUUCCAUUUACCAAAACUCAGAGAACUGUCACUUUCUUACAUCCUGAAUAAAGAGCAGCUUUUGUUAUGCCUCAGUUUACCAGAUAGCCAUCCCAUCCCUUAUUCACCAGAAGAGUCACCUCCCAUUGCAAAGCUUCAGCUUCACACUUUGGCAUUGAGGCAGACUGGUUACAACCUUUUUUCAGAACGUUUCCUGGAUCAGCUCUCCACCAUCCACACUCUUACCGUUUGUUACAUCAAAGACUUUUUGUUACACUCAGUGGAUGUCUUUGGACAAGUACUGAAGAACCUACCAAACUUGACAGAAUUAAAUCUUGCAUGGAUCUCCAAUUUGGAUAGGAUUGUCAAUAACAUUCCUUCCAGCGUUGCUAAACUAAGAGUGAUCGGAACCAAGCUCUCAAACUCUGCGCUCAGCUGUUUGUCUAAUAAAUCCUGGAAGCUAAGAGAAAUGGAUCUAACCCUCUCAUAUGGAUUUGAUGAAAAGAUUCUGAAAGAAUUUCCCCAUCUCUUUCCACAGCUGACAAGACUCUGUCUUAGUGGUUUUCUUUUGACUGACAAUAUCUUGUUGAGCUUGGCUAAAAUGGAGCAUCUGCAAGAGCUUGAUGUUAUUGGUGGCACAAAUCUGACAAAAGAAGCAAUCCAGAAUUUUCACAUCACAACAAACGGCAGGGUAUGUCUCCUUGUAGAGCAGCAUCCUAUGUCUUCUAAAUGUGACUGCCUAUGGAGCACUUAGCACAGUGGCUUUCUUUUUAAUCCAUCACUAUUUAUAGGCCUUUGAUUGCUAUGUACUGUUAUCAGGAAACCAAAAAUGUUUCUGUAAAAUUCAGCUGAAAUUCCAUGUGAGGAAGAGAGGUAGUGCAAUCAAACUUCCAACAUUCCUCAUAACUGAAAAGCCACUGGCUGUAAUGAAGUGCUAAUGUACUUAGAAAAGCAGAAAUGUCUUCUUUCAGCCUAUAACUCUGCCAAGUCAGAACUGUAAACAAAUAUUGGCAUUCAAUAUUAAAAUGUUUGAGUAAGUCUACAAUGGCCAUUGAUAAAACUCUACACUUCUAUUAAUAUAA